AUGGCGAUUCCCAUGGAAAAACUAGGCGGGCGCGCCCUCCGCUCGGCCGACAAUGACGACGUAGAGCGUGAAUACGACAGACUCCGUGAUAUGGCUCGCGCAGAGAACGACAAAGCUCACCAAGCAUCCCAACGCUCCCAAGAAGCCUUCCACGCCGGCGACCAUGAUACCUCACAAAAGUACUCCCGCGAGUCCAAACAGCACUACGCCAAGCGUGACGACUAUAACCGCCAGGCAUCCGAAUACAUCUUCCGGGAGAACAAUGCCCAGGGCAAAGUCGACGGAGACUCAAUUGACCUCCACGGCCUGUACGUCGAAGAGGCAGAGCGCAUACUCGAGGAGCGUAUCCGUUCGGACCAGCGACGCGGCCAGGAGCACCUCCACGCUAUUGUAGGCAAGGGAAACCACUCCGCGGGCCAUGUGCAGAAGAUCAAGCCCAAGGUGGAAGAGCUGUGUCGGGAACUGGGACUCAAGUACAGGACUGAAGAGAAUGCCGGGAGAAUAUACAUCAACCUUCAGGGUGGAGAGCCCUUGAAGCCAGGCCAGCAUGGUGGUGGCGGUGGAUACGGAGGACAGACUGGCCAUGGCGGACAGCAGCACGGCGGGCAAUAUCACGGCGGGCAGCCACAGCAUGGAAAGCCGCCGGGACAGGGACAAGGUCAGCAUGGCAAUCAGCAGCAGGAUGAGAUGGAAGAGCUGGUUGGCAAGCUUUUGCCUAGGGUUUUGAAGAAGCUGGAGAAGGCGUGCUGUACUGUCAUGUAG